AUGUCCACACAGCCCUCCCUUGCUGCUGCUGCUGCUGCUUCUUCUUCUUCUUCUCAACCCACGACAUCUACAAGGAUUGAGCUGUACCAACCCACCCUCAAGACCGUCCCCGCGGCCAUUUCCGCCCUGUUGGCUGAAUACUCCGGGAUCCCGCCCGAGGCGCAGAAAGCACAUAUCACAGCCGUCCGGGACCGGGCGUACGCAACACAUCCGUACCCGUGUCUCGGCCGGUGGCGGUUCCUGGAACUCGAUCUGGCCAGCCAUCCACUCUACCAUGGCGAGAUACUGGCUGCUCUGGCCAAACGUAGACUCCAACCUGAAACUAAAGCCCAUGUGGUGGUGGACGUCACCGACACCGACAACAACAACAUCAACGACUGGAUCUUUCUCGAUCUAGGCUGCUGUCUAGGCCAAGACCUGCGCAAACUCAUCUACGACGGCGCCGACAUCCGUCGACUCUACGGGGCCGACUUGACCCCGGCGUUCGUGGAGAUCGGAUACGCCCUGUUCCGCGACGAGGACCGGUUCCCGCGCGCCCAACACUUCAUCACGCCCGCGGACGUGUUUGAUUUCUCGGAGGACAGCGAACUCAGUCGGCGGUGUGAUGGGCGCGUCGGGAUCCUGCAUUGCUGCGCGGUGUUUCAUCUGUUUGGGCUGGAGUUGCAGAAAGUCGUUGCGCGGCGAUGUUUGAAGUUGGUUGAUCGAGGGAAGAAGGAGGCGACGGAAAAGAAGACGGAGGAGAAGCCGACAACGACGACAACGACAACGACAACGACAACGUCAACGUCAACGUCAAGCGGGAUCUCGGAUAAAAGAGUUCUCAUAUGUGGUGCGCAAACGGCGAAUGUUCGGGCAGGCGAAUAUCCUCGUGGUCGGGCAGGGGCUGACGGUCAGGUCAGAUACCGCUUCCGCCAUAACGAGCAGAGCUGGAGAGAGAUGUGGGAGGGAGUGAUUGGCCAGGAUGAGGGGUGGAGGGAGAGAAUCGUCAAGAUCGAUGUCCAUGCUGUCUUGGAGGAGAGGAUGUUUGGUGACGAGACGCAAGCCAGCAGCACUGGUGAUGGUACUGGAACUGGCUCUGGUAGUGGUACUGGUGCUGAUAGCGGUAUGCGUGCUGUACCUCCUCCUGGUAAGGAGAGUGAGAUGAUCAAUUCGCAAAGACAGAUUGGGAGUGUCGAGGAGGGAUUUCGGUGGAUGAAGUGGUGGGUUUGGAUCGAAUUCGCAUAG